CAUGACGAAGGCGUUACUGCGCACCGCAUCUACGCACACGGGACUCGGCCUUGAUCCUCUCGCCGAAUAACACUUUUGAACGUCACAGGUCCACUCUGUCUACUCUGACAUGAGUGACACUUUGGAGUUCAAUGAAAUUUAUCAGGAGGUCAAGGGCUCCUGGAAUGAUGGCCGCCUGCGCUUCAGUAAGCAGACAGUGGUUUAUAAAAACAGUAAGACCGGGAAGGUGGACACUAUUCCUGUCCCUGAACUCACUCAGGCACAGUGGAGGAGAGUCUGUCUGGGUCAUGGCAUCAAACUGUGGACCAGCACUGGCCACAUCUACAAAUACGAUGGCUUUAAAGACGCGGACCUUGAGAAGAUCUCAGAAUACUUCAAAGACAACUACAAAGUGGAACUGACAGAGAAAGACAUGUGUGUUAAGGGCUGGAAUUGGGGCACUGCUAAAUUUAAUGGGCCGUUGCUUUCCUUCGACGUGAAUGACAGUCCUACAUUUGAGAUUCCUCUCUCCAGUGUAUCGCAGUGUACGACGGGCAAGAAUGAGGUCACAGUGGAGUUUCAUCAGAAUGAUGACACAGAGGUGUCCCUCAUGGAGGUGCGCUUCUACGUUCCACCCACCACAGGGGACGAGGGUUCAGACCCGGUGGAGGCAUUUGCUCAGAAUGUGCUGUCGAAGGCAGAUGUCAUCCAGGCCACAGGAGACGCUGUUUGUAUCUUCAGAGAGCUGCAGUGCCUCACGCCUAGGGGCCGGUACGAUAUCCGUAUUUAUCCCACAUUCCUUCAUUUGCAUGGUAAGACAUUUGACUACAAGAUCCCGUACACCACAGUGCUCCGCCUCUUCCUGUUGCCUCAUAAAGACCAGCGGCAGAUGUUCUUCGUGAUCAGUCUGGACCCCCCCAUAAAACAGGGUCAAACACGCUAUCACUUUCUCAUUCUUCUGUUCUCCAAGGAAGAAACCAUCAACCUCACACUCAACAUGAAUGAGGACGAGGUGGAGAGGCGUUUUGAAGGAAAACUUAAUAAAAACAUGUCCGGCUCUCUCUAUGAGAUGGUCAGCAGAGUCAUGAAGGCCCUGGUCAACAGGAAGAUCACAGUGCCUGGAAAUUUCCAAGGUCACUCAGGUGCUCAGUGUAUAACCUGCUCCUAUAAGGCCAGUUCAGGGCUGCUGUAUCCCCUGGAAAGAGGUUUCAUCUACGUGCACAAGCCCCCAGUGCACCUGCGUUUUGAGGAGAUCGCCUGUGUAAACUUCGCCCGUGGGACCACCACCACUCGCUCCUUUGAUUUCGAGAUCGAGACCAAGCAGGGCAAUCAAUACACCUUCAGCAGCAUCGAGAGGGAGGAAUAUGGCAAGCUCUUCGACUUUGUCAAUGCUAAGAAGCUUAGCAUCAAGAACCGAGGCUUCAAAGAGGGUAUGAAAGGUAAUGAUGACAUGUACAGUGACUCUGAUGAAGACCAGCACGAUGCGUAUCUGGAGCGUAUGAAAGAAGAGGGCAAGAUUCGCGAAGAGGGCAAUGACAGUGACGAUUCCGAGGGCGAGAGCGAUGAAUCGUUUAAUCCUGGAGAAGAAGAUGAUGACAUAGCAGAAGAGUAUGACAGUAAGGCCUCUGCCAGUGAAAGCAGUGCUGAAGAAGGAGACAGUGAUGAAGACCGCAAGAAGAAAUCAGCCAAGAAGGUCAAAUUUGUCAAGGAAAGAAAGCCACGCAAGAAAGAGAAAAAGGUCAGAGACAGCGGCGCCCCCAAGAGGCCAAUGAGUGCCUACAUGCUCUGGCUCAACUCAAGCAGAGACCGUAUUAAAUCAGAGAAUCCAGGCAUCUCUAUCACAGAAAUAUCCAAAAAGGCUGGUGAAAUGUGGAAACAACUUGGCAAAGACAAGAAAGAGGAGUGGGAUGGAAAAGCAGAGGAAGCAAAGAAAGAGUACGAUCGAGCGAUGAGAGAGUAUAGGGAGAGCGGCGGAGGCUCAUCGAGCAGCUCCAAAAAGGAGAGGAAGAAGAAAAGAGGGAGGAAUGAAGAAAAGAGGAAAAGGAAAUCAGGUGCUGGGAGAGAGAAAGAGAAGGAGCGAUCCACAGGCAACGACAGCUUUAAGAGUCGAGAGUUCAUAUCCAGCGAAGAGAGCUCAUCAGAGUCUGACAAAGGAAAGAAACGCAAGCGCAAGGGGUCUGAUAAUGAAAAAGAAGAGGAAGCGGUCAGCACUCCACCCAGCUCUGAGUCCGGCUCAGACUGAAAAACACUGAAACGGAACAGUGGAACACAACUUUAACCUACUUUUUCACUACAUUGUAUUGCACAUGACCUGAUGAAAUUCUUAUAUUAGGCUAUAAUGCAUCAUAACAUACUAAGAUUCUGAUGUGUUUUUACUUUUGGUAGUGAUAGUGUUCACUUUAAAGGGACAGUUCACCCAAACAUUUUAAUUCUGUCAUUAUUUGCUAAUCUAAUGUGUCAGAUAAGUUAAAGGGGACUG